AUGCCCACGACCCUAGGUGUAGCCAAAAAGGUCUUGACACUGGGGCACAAGGUGCGAGAGCUGGAGCGCCAAAACACCGGACUAUCCGGUGAGCUGUCCAAGCAAACGGAGGACACCCGGAAGGCGGGCCUGCUCUUCAUGAAUGCUGCCGAUAGGUACCAAGAGGAAGCUAAGAAGCAAAUUAGGGCAAAGGCAGAGGAAUUGGAGAACACGAGGAAGGCAGGUCCGAUGCUAAUGAACACCGCUGAUACAUACCAAGAAGGGGCAAUGAAGCAAAUUAAGGAGAAGGCGGGGGAGCUGGAGGACGCGAGGAAGGCGGUUUUGGCGCUCAUGAAAGCAGCAGAUGCGUACCAGGAAGAAGCGAAGAAGAAAAUUAAGGAUAAGGUGCAGGAGCUGAAGGUCAUGGGGGCACAGAAGGCAGAGCUGGAUGCGAGGGUAGAAUCUUUGGAGUCAAGGCUCAAGGCAGCUCUGGCAAAGAACUUGGAGUUGGAGGAUGAUUAUGGUAAGGUGCAGGCUGCAAAUGAUAACCUUCGGCUGGAGGUUGAGAAAGAUGCAUCUGCAAAGGCAUUUGAUGCUGAGAAGGAAGAAAUCUUGACGGAAUUGGAGGACCUUAAGAUGAAGGUGGAGGUAACUCAAGCCAACAAGGAUUUGAUGGAGGGUGAAAAUGAUAAACUUCAAUUGGACGCUUUCACAGGAAUAUAGCUUGCUGGAAAGCAUGAGCUGAGAUGCUCAACAUGCAAUUAGGUACCUUGCCUCAGGCGAAGGAUGUAGAAAUCAUGAGAUAAUAAGGAUCCCUCAAGCGGA